AUGGACCCCAACCGACCGCCUUCUAGAGAUCUUUCGGCUUACAGCUACGGUUCCGUUGUUAAUCGUGACGACAACGGUAACAUCGAUGUCAGCGGAGUCACUCUUGACACCAUGGUCAGUAGGGGCAUCCCCAAGGAGGCAAUCCGCGAGAAGUACGAGCAGACCAUUCGAGACUACCAGAAGUUCUUGGCCUCAGAGAGCACCGUCCCAGGCAACUCCGGCGCAAACACACAGGGGCAGUACUCAGGCCCAGAGACACCCAAGCCGGUGACACAGACGGUUCCGGGAGCGUGGAGUCCAGAGAAUGUCUCCCAAGACAGCGGCGUCCUCCGCACGCACUACCAGAACUUCGGAAACACCGCGACCCAGGGCCAGCAGUCUCGACCCGACAUAACCGGAGGCGGUCUCAAUCUCAUCGACUAUGGCGUCAACCAGCUUUCCAUGUCUCCCCAGCGGGCAGCGGCCCCAUCCCAGCUCUGGCAGAAUGACCCCGGCAUGCUGCCUCAGGUCCAACAGGGCGACACCCCCAGAGCACAGAUCGCCAUCAACCCGCAAUCCCUGUCCACUAACCCGCCAUCCCUGUCAUCGAAUCCCGCGGUCCAUGAGCCCCGUGCGAUCAAGCCAGAGAUCAAUAGGCUUCCCACGCUCGAGGAGCAUGGCUCUCAUGCACAGACCGCCAACGCUGGAGCUGUCAGCGGACACCAUUGUGAACAGCAAACCAUGAGACCCCAGCCCACUACCCCCUCCCGCCCUCUCACCACGUCGUACGACAAUACCACGGGAUCUUUCCUCACUCAAGGCCAUGGUGACAACGGCAAAAGUGUAGACUAUCAGCCACGCAUCAUAUCUGUUCAUGCCCAGGGCAACCAGGAGUCUCCUAGAGCGCUGCCAAACAUAGAUGCACUGGACAGGGAGGUUGAGGCUGCGCUGGAGGACUGCGUGGCUAAAGGCACGGCGUGGCUUCAAGCUGAGCGCCACAUGAAGAAGGUUGUGUUUGAUGCGGUUGCGAAUCGCCGCUGA